AUGCGCGACCCGUUCCCAUUUGCGCCCAUCCCGGCGCUGAGCAAGGCGGUCGAGCCGCUGGCCGACCUGCUCGCCUUCCCGACGCUGCCGCUGCACGUCCACGAGGUGCUCGGUGCUGCCCUCUUCUACACGCUUACUCACUCCGUCAUCUCGCCCGUCGUGUCCAACCUCUUCUUCUCCAAGUACUACCCGAAGCAUAACCGCGCGAAGAAGGCCAACUGGGAUGCCCACGUCGUGUCGCUGGUCCAGAGCGUUCUGAUCAACGCGCUGGCUCUCUGGACCAUGUUUGCCGACGAGGAACGCAAGAACAUGGACUUCGAGCAGCGAGUCUGGGGCUACACUGGCGCUUCCGGCAUGAUUCAGGCCCUGGCCUGCGGAUACUUCAUCUGGGACCUGGGCAUCACUCUGCUAAACCUCGACAUCUUUGGAGUGGGCCUGCUCGCUCACGCCAUCAGCGCCCUGGCCGUCUACUCCUUCGGCUUUAGGCCCUACCUGAACUACUACUCUUCCAUCUUCAUCCUCUACGAGCUGUCGACACCCUUCCUCAACAUUCAUUGGUUCUUCGACAAGCUUAAUAUGACCGGCUCUAAGCCACAACUGUACAACGGCAUUCUCCUGCUGGUUACCUUCUUCUGCUGCCGCCUGGUCUGGGGCACCUGGCAGUCUGUUAUUGUGUACGGCGACAUGUGGCGUGCCAUCCACGAGGGCCCCUCGGCCGAGUACAUCAAAGCCGCCUUCUCCAACCCGGCUACCGCCAAUGACCCGGACGUCAACCUGAUGUACUUCGCCCGCGGCGCGGGGCCCGUCCCCAUCUGGUUGGCCGGAAUCUACGUUGCUAGCAACCUAACGCUCAACAGUCUCAACUGGUAUUGGUUCUACAAGAUGAUCCACGCCGUCAAGAAGCGCUUCGAGCCGCCCAAGCCUGGAAAGAAGGGGCCGCUUCCGGAGGCUAAGGCUACUGCUGUGGACAGCCAGGAGCCCGUUAAGCGUCGCAGGAGGCCAUCCAUUGAGGAUGUGGUGCCGGAUACGGAGGAGCUGCGGAAGGGCACCAUUCAGUAA